AUGUCAGCAGACCAGUUUGCACACAAGCCGCCCACAGGCAUCAAUGUGAUUAUCGUGGGAGCGGGCUUCGGCGGCCUCACCGCCGCCAUCGAAUGCCAUCGACAGGGCCACACUGUCGCCAUCUACGAGAACUUCCCCGCACUCAAGUCCCUAGGCGACAUCAUCUCCUUUGGACCCAAUGGCGGGCGUAUCUUCUACCGCUGGGGUAAUCAGGGUUCGAUCGCCCAGCGCAUGCGCGACGUCUCUAUCGACCUGCAGGAGUACGGCUUCAACAUCCACAAGUGGACGGGCGAGCUGGUGUGCAACCAGAAGAGCCCACCGCGCGUCGAGGAGUCGCCUGUCUUCAACGGCCACCGCGGCGAGCUGCACGAGAUUGUCUUCCGGCACGCGACUGAGGAGCUCGGCAUUCCCAUCCACCUCGGCUCCAAGGUGGUGGGUUACUUUGAGGACGAAACGAGCGCGGGCAUCGAGCUGGAAGACGGACGUCGCGUCACGGGCGACGUGGUCGUGGGCAGCGACGGUGUGCGGUCCAAGGCGCGCGAGCUGGUGCUGGGCUACGACGACAAGCCCAAGAGCUCGGGGUACGCGGUGUUCCGGGCCUGGUUCCCCAACACGGACAUGAUCGCGGACCCGGAGACCAAGCACUUCUGCGAAAACGGCGACACCUUCAACGGCUGGAUCGGCCCGGACGUGCACUUCCUCUUCUCCACCAUCAAGGGCGGCAGCGACUGCUGCUGGGUGCUGACGCACAAGGACGAAGCCGACAUCGACGAGAGCUGGAGUUUCCCGGGCAAGCUCGAGGACGUGUACAAGGUGUUCGAGGGCUGGGACCCCCUGUGCAAGCGCAUCGUCAGCAAGACCCCCGAGAGCCACCUCGUCGACUGGAAACUUGUGUACCGGGAUCCGCUGCCCACAUGGAUCAGCCCGAAGCGCCGUAUCGCGCUGUUGGGCGACUCGGCGCACCCGUUCCUUCCCACGAGCGCACAGGGCGCCACACAGUCAAUGGAGGAUGGCGUCACAAUCGCUGUGUGUCUAAGGAAGGCUGGGAGGAAGAACGUGCAGGAGGCUGUCAAGGCGUAUAUGGAUAUCAGAUACGACAGAGUCAAAGACGUGCAAAAGACCGGCGAGACGACGCGCGACAUGUGGCACAAAGCCGACUGGGACAAGGUCAAGGAGGACCCCUCGGCCGUCCACUUCCCGCGCCAAGACUGGAUUUUCGAAUUCGAUGCCGAGAAGCAUGCCGAAGAGGUGUACGAUGAUGUCGUGCAGAAGGGAAGGGAGUCCAAGGACGCGCCGGCGACGGAAGCCAAGAUCAACGGUGGUGGUGUUGGGGAAGCAAGUGUUGUGAAUGGCGUGAGUGGAACGAAUGGUCAUGUGUGA